AGUUAAAAAACAAACAAACAAAAAAAGGACAUACAACUGCGUUUUCAAUUCAUGUAAUAACAUAAUCGAAAAUGUGCCUUUGACCCUUCCAUAGUGUUGCUGUUUGUUGUGUAUUUCUGCUUCCAUGAUGGCUGCUCUGCCUCUAAAUUUGGAACUUGAGAGUUUAGAAUAGAGGAGACACAGACAUAUAAGCGUGACCCACAGAGCGCUGAUACACACAGUCUGAAGCUGUAAGGACACUGAGACUGAGUGACCAGGCUGUGUCUGUGUGAACACUUCUUCUUCGAUGGCUUCUGCUGCCCCCUCUGCUACUGUUCCAGAAGGGUUUCAUUAUGAAACGAAGUACGUCGUUCUCAAUUACCUUGGCCUCAUUGCACAGGACAGGCCGGGUGCUGCAGUAGAAGGCGCACAGGCAGAGACACCCCUGGAGAAGGAGGUCGCUGCAAAAGUCAAAGCGGAGAUUGAAGAGGAGCUGAAGCUUCUUGAAGAGGAGAUUUUGAAAGCCUUCACAAGCACAGGGUUUGACUGCCACACGUCUCCAGUUUUCAGCCCUGCCAACCCGGAAAGCUCAAUAGAGGACUGCCUGGCACACCUGGGGGACAGAGUAUCUGAGGAGCUUGCAACACAUUUACACACUGCCAUGCAGAGCCUGCUCAGCUCACCCCUGGACUACAAACACUACAAAGAAGCAGUUCAGCAAGCCACAUCUCAUUCCCAAGGAUGGAGUACGGUGUUGGUUCCUCUGGUGCUCCUACAGCGGCUGCUGAAAGAGCGGACGAGGCAGGGCCAGCAGCCCCUCGGCCCCCUGCUGCAGCUGGGAGUCCAGUAUCUGGAGGAGGCUGCAGCCGAUUACAUCAUCCAGCAGGGCGGCUGGGGCACAGUUUUCAGUCUGGAGGAAGAGGAGGACCAAGGGAUCAUUGUCGAGGACAGCAACGACAUCUACAUCCUGACUAGCGAUAACUCUGGCCAGGUGAGCUCUCCCGAGUCGCUCGCAGUCCUGAGCUCCUGGCGGUCUGACAGCCUGCCCGUGUCCCUUUCAGUGAGCCAGAGCUGGCAGACAGAGAGCCUGCCAGUCUCCCUUGGACCAGAGUCCUGGGCACAGGUAACCAUGGACCCAGAAGACCUCAAGAGCCUUGACAGCAACGAGGGAGGGGAGGACAGGAGCGAGAAUAACUCCUCCAACUCGGACAUAGUUCACGUGGAGAAGGAGGAGAUUGCAGAGGAAGAAGGGGCUAUAUCGGUGGCUGAAGUCCUGGAAAUCCAGGAGGCCCAAGAGUUAGUUUUGAAGGCUCAACUUCAGGAGGAGCCACCGUUGACCCCACCAGCACUGCUGGAAUCCACUGCUCUGCCUGAGCAGACUGAUCUAUCACCACCGGCUGCUGCUGCUACCGUCGUCUUCCCUCAAAAGGAGACACCAAGCAGUGUGCCAGAGCCUGCACCCGUACAGCAACCUGCAGCAGCUGAAACUGCACCGAAAAUAGCAGAAGAACCACCCAAGCCUCCUGCAAUCGUGGAACCUGUAACGGAGCCAGCCAAACCGGCUGCGCAGGCUGAGGAGCUAAGAAUAAAAGAGGUGGUGGUAGAUAUUUUGAAAGAGAGCCCAAAAGUGGUGCCAAAAGCCCAGAAGGAAGCAGAAAAUGUGCCCUUGGCUCCAGAGGAGAAGCUAGAAACGGUGCCACCAGAAGGGGAGAAGGACAUCUCUUUGGCAGACGACAAUGCAUUCCUGUACUACGGGGGUACAGCUGCCAUAGCAGUGGUGGCGCUGGUUGUUGUCGUAGCGCUGGUUCUGAGGAAAAAAUAGUUUAGGAUUUCUAAACCACGACAGGCUGCCCACCAUUUCUAGGCUUAAAUUUGAAAAGUUAGUAUUAGGAUGUUAUUGCUACCAGUCUAUGUAUUAAAUUUAAAUUAAGGGUUUCUAUUUUUUUUCCCCCUAUUUUUCAAUAUUACUGUCUGUGCAGCGAUGCAUUGAUUAUGAUAUGAUGGUUUUUACUUGUAUUGUAAUUCUAAAGCAUUUUAACAGGGUAUUCAAGCCCUGUUGUCUUGAGGGAAUGGAGAUAGUGAAAGUUUCGGGGGCACGUUUGCCUGAGACACUGGGUUCAGUAACCCUGCCCUGUUUUUCAACAAGCUGUUUUUUUAGUGUCCAAGGUAAAACUAUAAAUAAGUCCAGUACAGUGAAGAAGGCACUAGCCAUAACGUUUCUCUGCUUGACUUAUUAGUUUUACCUUAGAAUUGUAACUUAAGUGUUUUGAAGUUCAUAUCUAACCUCCUGAUUUUUGUCCAUUGCCUGUUGUGUAUGAUCCUUUAUAUGUAAAUGAUCACAACAUAGAUCUGCUGAAAUGGAUAAAAAAAAAUAAAAAAAAAGAUAUCCCAAACCCUU